CCUCCCCUGGGCUGCGGGGACAGCGGGCGCAACCCAGGCGCAGCGCGGCGGUGGCUGCGGAGAUGCGGACGCGGCCCCUUGGAGCCGGGGCGCUGGGGGCGCUGGUGCUGGGGGCGCUGGCAGUCGCCGGCGCGGGCCCCAACAUCUGUGUCACACGGGGUGUGAGCUCCUGCCAACAGUGUCUGGCUGUGAGUCCUAUGUGUGCUUGGUGCUCAGAUGAGGCCUUGCCUCCGGGCUCCCCCCGCUGUAACCUGAAGGAGAAUCUGCUAAAGGAUAGAUGUUCCUCAGAUUUCAUCGAGUUCCCCGUCAGUGAGGCCCAAAUCCUGGAGGCCAGACCCCUCAGCGACAAGGCCUCGGGAGACAGCUCCCAGAUUACUCAAGUCAGUCCUCAGAGGAUCGCUCUCCGGCUUCGGCCAGAUGAUUCCAAGAUUUUCUCAGUCCAAGUCCGGCAGGUGGAGGAUUACCCCGUGGACAUCUACUACUUGAUGGACCUGUCUUACUCCAUGAAGGAUGAUCUCGGGAGCAUACAGAAUUUGGGGACCAAGUUGGCCUCCCAGAUGCGCAAACUCACAAGUAACCUGAGGAUUGGCUUCGGGGCCUUUGUGGACAAGCCUGUGUCACCUUACAUGUACAUCUCCCCGCCAGAGGCCCUCCACAACCCUUGCUAUGACAUGAAGACCACCUGCUUGCCCAUGUUUGGCUACAAGCAUGUGCUGACACUCACAGACCAAGUGACACGCUUCAAUGAGGAGGUGAAGAAGCAAAGUGUGUCAAGGAACAGAGAUGCUCCCGAGGGUGGCUUUGAUGCCAUCAUGCAGGCGACCGUGUGUGAUGACAAGGUUGGCUGGAGAAAUGAUGCUUCCCACUUGUUGGUAUUCACCACUGAUGCCAAGACUCACAUAGCCCUAGAUGGGAGGCUGGCAGGCAUUGUCCAGCCCAACGAUGGGCUGUGUCACAUUGGCAGAGACAACCAUUACUCUGCCUCCACUACCAUGGAUUAUCCUUCUCUGGGACUAAUGACAGAGAAACUCUCUCAGAAAAACAUCAACUUGAUCUUUGCAGUGACUGAAAAUGUGGUCAGUCUGUACCAGAACUACAGUGAACUUAUCCCAGGGACCACCGUGGGAGUCCUGUCUGCUGAUUCUAGCAAUGUCCUUCAGCUCAUCGUUGAUGCCUAUGGGAAAAUCCGCUCUAAAGUGGAACUGGAAGUGCGUGAUCUCCCCGAGGAGUUGUCUCUGUCCUUCAACGCCACCUGCCUCAACAACGAGGUCAUUCCUGGCCUCAAGUCUUGUGUGGGACUCAAGAUUGGAGACACAGUGAGUUUCAGCAUUGAGGCCAAGGUGCGCGGCUGCCCCCAGGAGAAGGAAAAGUCCUUCACCAUCAAGCCUGUGGGAUUCAAGGACAGUCUCACCGUGCAGGUCACCUUUGACUGUGACUGUGCCUGCCAGGCCUGGGCAGAGCCUUCCAGUAACCGCUGCAACAAUGGCAACGGAACCUUUGAAUGUGGGGUGUGCCUCUGUGGGCCUGGCUGGCUGGGAUCCCAGUGUGAGUGCUCCGAGGAGGAUUAUCAUCCUUCCCAGCAGGAUGAGUGCAGCCCCCGAGAGGGGCAACCUGUCUGCAGCCAGCGUGGUGAAUGCCUCUGUGGCCAAUGCGUCUGCCACAGCAGUGACUUUGGCAAGAUCACUGGCAAGUACUGCGAAUGUGAUGACUUCUCCUGUGUCCGCUACAAGGGAGAGAUGUGCUCGGGCCAUGGCCAGUGCAGCUGCGGGGACUGCCUGUGUGACUCGGACUGGACUGGCUACUACUGCAAUUGUACCACACGUACCGACACCUGCAUGGCGAGCAUUGGCCUGCUGUGCAGUGGGCGAGGCAAGUGUGAGUGUGGCAGCUGUGUUUGCAUCCAGCCCGGCUCCUAUGGGGACACCUGCGAGAAGUGCCCCACCUGCCCCGAUGCCUGCACCUUCAAGAAGGAAUGUGUGGAGUGUAAGAAGUUUGACCGAGGAGUCCUACAUGAGGAAAAUACCUGUAAUCGUUAUUGUCGCGAUGAGAUUGAGCUGGUGAAGGAGCUUACGGACACUGGCAAGGAUGCGGUGAAUUGUACCUACAAAAAUGAGGAUGAUUGUGUCGUCAGAUUCCAGUACUAUGAAGACGCCAGUGGAAAGUCCAUCCUCUACGUGGUGGAAGAGCCAGAAUGUCCCAAGGGCCCUGACAUCCUGGUGGUCCUGCUGUCAGUGAUGGGCGCCAUUUUGCUCAUUGGCCUUGCUACUCUGCUCAUCUGGAAGCUUCUCAUCACCAUCCAUGACCGAAAGGAGUUUGCUAAAUUUGAAGAAGAGCGAGCCAGAGCCAAAUGGGAUACGGCUAACAACCCACUGUAUAAACAAGCAACGUCAACCUUCACCAACAUCACUUACCGGGGCACUUAAUGGCAAGCAGAUCACUAUCAACCAGUCCCAGGACUGUGGCAGUCAUUGCUCUCAUGUUUACAGGAGACAAUA